AUUAAAAGUUGGAAAAUACUACUUUCUUUCACCUUUUAUUAUGAUCUGCUGGAACAAUGUCGAGAAUGUCUUAAUUUCAGGAAUUAUAAAUUGUGGAGACCCAAUUUUCUGAUGAUAUUGUUAGUGGAUUAGCAGUAUUUAUACAAUUGCAUGCCUGCUCCAGCACUUCUGCCAGCGGAACCGCAAUGUGAAUCACCCCUGGUGUACCCCGGUACAAUACAUGACAUAUCCGGUCAGCGUUGUUGUUGCAGACCGGCAUGUCUAGCUAGACUCUAACUUAGACGGAAAAAACAGUCUGCACUCAACUCGCAUCAAGCCCAACAUGGAGCCCCUUGGCAUUGCGCCCAAAUUGUGAAAAGAAGUCUGCAUCUGUCAAAAGCAAGAAGCACCAAAACGAAUCAACACAGUCGCUUUUCCACUGACGGUUUGAGAGGCAUAGAGCGGCAGGGAAAACGAUGAAUUCAUUCACUUUUGCCACCCAGCCCCAGCUCAUCAGUCCCUCAGUCAUGAACGCAGCGACUAUAAAAAAGGAGAAUGUGUCGGAAGAUCCACCUAAACCUGCAACAUUUUACCGAGAUACCUCCAUCCGGCGUGUCGAUGAUGAGGACACAAAAGAAGGUGUGAAGUUGGAAGGGAUAAAAGACACAGGCUUGGGUGAUAGAGGAGCAUUGGAUGUGCAUGUAAAGAAGGAAGAGGUGGAGGAGGAAGAGCAAGGGAAGGAGGAUGCAAAUACAAAUGAACCAAGUGUAGACAUUUAUAUCAAUAACGUUGUGUGUGCUUUUGGUGUGAGAUGCCAUCUAAAUCUACGGAGGAUAGGGCAGUAUGGUUCCAAUGUGGAAUACAGGAGAGAAUAUGGGAAAGUAAACAUGAGGUUCCGCCGUCCAUCCGCCACUGCUACCAUCUGGUCUUCAGGCAAAAUCACCAUCACAGGCAAUGAUAGUGAAGAACAUGCUAAGAAGAAUGCAAGGAGAUGUGCAAGGGCAUUGCAGAAAUUGGGUUUUAAUGUUCGGCUUUCAAAGUACAAGGUUGUAAACGUAUUAGGAACGUGCUCGAUGCCGUUUGCUAUACGAAUCAGGGAUUUUUCAGAAAAACAUCAAAAUAGUGCAAGUUAUGAGCCUGAGCUCCAUCCUGCUGUCACCUACAAGCUCUACCAACCCAGGGCAACUCUUAAGAUCUUCUCUACAGGUAGCAUCACAGUCACAGCCCCAGCUGUAGGCAACAUCAGCGAAGCCAUAGAAUUUAUAUACCCCUUGGUUGAAGCUCAUAGGAUGCCACUCAGCGAGGCAACUAUACAGAAGAGACUAGCCAGAAAGCGCAAAUGGGACGGAGAUGUCGAGGAAGAUGAAGAGAACACAGACGAUGAGUACGCCAAUGAGGGCGCCAAAGACGAAGACGACGACAGUGACGAGUGUUCAUCUGAUGACAGCAGUUGAAAGAGGAAUGGACAAUUAGCAGCUGUAGAGGGCUGCCAUCAGGGUAGACGUUGAAGAAAGAGGCUUUUCUGUCCCGUCGCUCAUCUCAAACUAUUUCAAUCCGGUUUCAAUGCAGAAAGCCACAGGGUAGCUUGUGAUUGGUGAAUGUGGAGAAACAACUGUUGUGGUCCUAUAUGUUGGACGUCCUCAAGAGAAGAUUUUUUUGGCGAUUGGAUGAAACAGACGCGCAAGAGAGAAAGACUAUAAGCCUGAAUUCACAACCGUUUGAUUUAUCUACCGCAUGGUUGGUUUAAACCUUAACCAUGGACUAAGAACCUGAAUGAGCGUAUAGGAGUGUUUACAAUUUAAAUUGCCUGACUAUGGCAAAUAAUAUACUUCUGGAGGCUAAUACAAUGGGGUAAAGUGAGGAUUCUGCCCUGCAUAUCUAAAGGCCCUCUUUAAAUGGAACCCUAAGUUGAGAAGAAAUAACUGCAGUGAUCAAAACAAAAUGUUUUAAGUUUAAUGACACGAUGCUUCCAUGUUAAGAGUCCAGAUAUCAUCAUUGCAGUCUUAUCAGUUUUUUUAAAUGUCAUAGAUGAAGCUCAAAAUUCAGUAUGAAUUGGAAUUGGCUCUCAAUCAGACACUCAAUGAUGUGGAAACGUUACAUGAUACUCUUAAUUUGUUAUUAAAGUUUAUGAAAAAUAUGGAUGAGAUAAAAUUACAUCAUGGUAUAGAAAUAGUAAUGAUUGUUUAACCCUGCAACUCAAUUUUGAAUCAA